AUGACAAUUUAUAAGGAAAUAGCUAGACGUUUUGGCAGUGCUUGGCAAUUUUCUCAUACUGAAGCGGCAAUUCUUACCACUUCUGUUGUUUUACAUAUGUUUGUAUGUUUUAUUUUGUUUCGAUGGGAAAUAAUAAGUCACUUGAACCAAUCUUGUUUUCCUAACUUUGGCAUGGCUUUCAAUCCCCCUCUGCUUGCUUGCUUACGUUUAUUCAAAUUAGUUUUGAUUGUACAAUACCGAAAGUGGAGAUGGGGAAAUGAAAAAGUGAACCAUUUUGAUUUCUUCAAAGCCGUCAAGCGCUUUAAAGUAAUUAACGUAGCAACAUUUUUUGCUUUUGCCGUAAUCGCUUGUAGAGUAAAUUAUAGUAAUGGCAUAUUAUGGAUAAACAAACUAAAAAAUAGGCAUUUUGUAAAUAAGAUCAACUAUGAAGUGCUUCGUCGUUACCUUGUCAAUAAAUUUUUGGUCUUUGUUGAUUUGGUCCAAACAAGUUAUUGGGAUGAUUUGACGUCUAGAUGUUUGGGAAUACGCAAUUUUAAAAUUGAUUGCCUUAAAAUAACUGCUUCGCUUAAUUCACAUUUCACUUGUUAA